AUGAGCAUCGAUGCCUUUUUGGCCCUACAAUAUGAGAAUGUGGCGGAAACCCUCCCAGACAGGUUCGUGCGGAGGGGAAGAGCUGCAAAAAAGGAUGAUGCUGAUUUCGAUAUAGUAAGUGAUGUAGAUGAUGCAGAACUGGUGACAUGGCUUGAGAAACCUGGUUUGGGAACAGCACUGCAGUACUCGACUUUCCUGCGCGUCUUCAAGGCACGCUGGUCAGACGUGCUGAAAUUUAGAGAGAAGAACUUGUGUUUUCGAGAUGCGAGUUCUGCUUCCACCAAUCCCAACAAAUUUCAGACCGGUCAGCUUCAUUGGAAGAGAGUUGCACAGGCCAAGCCUCCGUUGCACCCCAGCGUCCUAUCUGCUUUGGCGCCUGCUAUGCCCUUGCGGGCUGUCUUUGGUGUGCCGCAAUCUUCCAACAAGGAAGAAGGGGCCAAGGACGAGGACUUGACGCCAACUCCUGUGACGGCCAAAAAAACAUGUACCACCUUCGAGAAAUGGUUGAAGAAACAGGAUGGUGACGUUUCCUUGCUGAGGGACAUGCAUACGUACAUGUGUAGCUUUGAAGAGUCGGAAUCCAGCGCCCACCCGUGUGAUGCAGUGCCCCACGUCUUGGAUUGCGCCAAUGAUGAGUCAAAGGCAUUGCGCACAAAGGAGAUGGCGGGCUGGUUUCGCGAGUAUGUGGAGAAACGGGGGAAACCGGUUCUUUUCAAGGCCUUGGAUCCCAGCAUGGCCGAUGACACCGUCAAGCUGCCCAUUACUGCCCUCAAGUUUGCCAUGCCACCAGAUGGCAUGCCGUGCUUGCGUGAUUGGACUACUUGUUGGGAAUCUAUGAUCACUGGCGGCAUUGAUCUGGGUAAAGUUGAUUUCAGCGGAGUUCCUGCAGGUACGAAGAUGACCCUGACAGAAAGCAGUAUCACCGUGGUCAAAGGAUUCACGAAGGCAUCGGUGAUUGCCUUUGUCUUAUUGGCAUUGACUGAAAUGGACAUCACCCGGGCAGUUGUCAAUGCCUUUAAUUCGAAGGAUGGGGUUUUGGCCAAAUGGGCCGUGGAUGAGGAACGCGAGAAAGCGAUCCUGAACGUUUUGGUGGGGACAACAGCCACCACCCGCCAUCUGAUUUCCACACAUUUGUCGUUUAACAAGUGGAAAGAAAGCAGUUUCACCUCUGAUCUUUUGAAGAGUUCACGGUGGUUGCUUGGGGCUGUGCCCAAGCAUUGCAAGCCACCAUUCAGAAGGCUCUUGGCGGUGACCCCUUCUGGGCAGGAGAACUUCCUACGCAAUCAUGUGGCCAAGUUUGCGCAUGAUACACGCAAAGUCCGUGCAUCAACCAAACCCAAGUUUCGCCCAAGUGUUCAGGAGUGGGACCGGGUUGUCAACUACACGCAAAUCAUGGAGGCAGUGAAAGCAGAGGUCACCGAUUACUUCAAGGACGAUGAGAAAAAGGCAGCUGAGGUGAAUGCAGGCGUUCACGAAGCCUUCAUGUCAAGGGACUACAUGGCUGAAGUCCUUGCAUGUGUUGAAAGCUCCCUUCCCAAUUGGAGUGUGCGACACUUGAGCCUGUGGAAUGAGAUGAUUGCCCCGGAACUUGUGGAAGAGAUCAACCAGGUGGACCUAGAAUCUGUGGAGGAGGCCACAGCCAUUGCCCUCUACCAAGAAGUACGUUCCAAAGUGUCGCUUGAUGAAGUUGCUUGGGCACGGUACCGUCACCAGUUGACGAAGAAAGCUGCACGAGACCAUGUGGUUCAAGUUCAGCACGCGAAGUCACAGAACACAAUUGGUUUGGGGAUUGUGGAGAAGUACAUGGAUACGCAUUGCAACCUGAACUUCAUGAAGGACAUCAGCACGAUGCCUAACAUUGACGCGUGGAUGAAGUCAGCGGCAGCUGAAUUGAAGGUCAAACAAGACCAGCUGUUUGUGGUGGUGAUCACUGACUUCACGAAGCAUGGAACCCUCACUACAACCGCGCUCAAUCGGCACGUUAGCUUGAUGUCAAAGUGCUUGGCCAAGAACCCAAAGAGCUCUGCGGGAUUGCUCAUCGCUCCACUGUUGGCAGGGACUGCUGGCGGAGGCUCAUUGAGGCUGAUCGAGAACAAGUUGGAAGAGUACAAGCUGGGGGUGAGAGACAUCCGAAUUCCAGUUGACAUGAGCGGGAUCCACCGAAACAGCGAGCGUCCUGCAUACUAUUCCGGAUGGGUUGCUGUGCCGGACGUGUACCUGCCAGCAAAGGGAACGGCCUACAGGGCAAACAAACACGAUGACCAGUCGAUCAAGGCCGCAGAUGUGAGUGAGAUUUGUGGAUCAGAUCUCUGGCGCCUGCAAGGCAUUCCCUUUGACCAGAUCCCUUCGGCAUUGCCGGAGCAAGACUUCAAGGUCCCCUCCGCGAAGGCUCAUUUGGGUUGCCAAGAUGGGCGCAAAAAUCUCACGGACGUUCAGGAGACGGCCCAAUGGGUUGCUGGAGAAAGUGUGGCAACCAGCAUGUUGAAGUCAUUGCUGGGUGACAAUCUCAAGAGAGCGGCGGUGCUGCACACAACAACCUAUUGUGGAAGUGUUGAGCUUGCCUGCAUCAAGUUGAAGGUGCCGGUGCUGUCAGUGAGCGAGAAUCCUGUGAAUCAUGGCUUCACUCUGCUUACGGUUUCCCAAUCCCUUCUGGAGGAGUGGAAGCUAGGCAUCGGUGGCAUUGGCAAGUGUUUGCCAAAGUAUCAGAAGGAUGCUGUGGACAACAUGCCCAUUGAAGCCACGCAACCUGAACUUUUGCUUUGUGAGAUCCAGGACUCCAAACUCCAGAUUCCUCUGACAAUCCGUCAGCAGUACUUGAAUGAUCCGAUUCGAUGUCCGGAAUGGAGAGCAGUGUUGAAGGAGUUUGACAGGAAAUGGACCACGGAGGUCAAUCCAACUGAUCUUGAAGCUGGAGAACGAGAUCAACCAGGUUCCGACGAAACCUUUUCAUGGCAGACGGUUUACCCUGAUGAGCCGUGCACGAAGUCCGAGAUGGAAACCAAGUAUGGCACAUCAGCUACAAGUUUUGCAAUCAAUGAUCACCUCGCUGGGCACAUUGUGGAAGGGCCUCGCCUCUUUGUGGUGUCUUCCGGGGAAGGUGAGUUUGGGACGGAGCAGCCUGUGAUUUGUUUUGGAGCUGGAGUGUGGUUGUUGGAGAACAAAGCUGAGCAAUUCCUUCAGGAUUGGGAGUUUGUUUCCAAUAUUUUUGCAACUGAAGAAAAAACAUGGUAG